GCCGCUGCCCCGUGCUAAUGGCGGCGCGGGGGCUGGGCUGUGUGGGAGCGCUGAGGUGAGGCAGGGCGAGGUGGACAGUGCCGACAUGGAGCACAUCACCACUCCGAAGGUUGAAAAUGUGAAAUUACUAGAUCGCUAUACUAACAGGAAGGCAGCAAGUGGGACGUUAUACCUGACAGCUACCCACCUCAUCUACGUAGAUGCUUCUACCACAGUCAGAAAAGAAACAUGGAUUCUCCAUCACCAUAUUGCAACCAUAGAAAAACUGCCUCUGACCACAGCUGGAUACCCUCUCCUUAUUCACUGCAAGAACUUCCAUGUGGCUCACUUUGUUAUUGGGCAGGAACGUGACUGUCAUGAAGUGUAUACUUCACUGCUUAAACUUUCACAACCAGUAAAACCUGAAGAGCUUUAUGCUUUCUCUUAUAAUCCUAAAAUGUCUAAAGAGAACCGGGAGAUCGGAUGGAAGGUGGUUGAUUUGAAAGUGGAUUACCAGCGUAUGGGAAUUCCAAACGACUACUGGGAAAUAACGGAUCUUAAUAAAGACUAUGAGGUUUGCAACACAUAUCCUCCAGAAAUUGUGGUGCCUAAGGCUGCUAACAAGGCCGUGGUGAUCGGAAGUUCAAAGUUCAGAAGCAGAGGACGGAUUCCGGUGCUUUCUUACUUAUAUAAAGAGAACAAUGCUGCCAUAUGUCGUUGUAGCCAGCCUCUCUCUGGGUUCAGCGCACGCUGUCUGGAGGAUGAACAAAUGCUACAGGCCAUCAGAGAAGCCAACCCUGGGAGCCCCUUCAUGUAUGUUGUAGACACAAGGCCAAAGUUAAAUGCCAUGGCCAACCGAGCUGCUGGGAAGGGUUAUGAGAAUGAAGAUAAUUACGAUAACAUUCGCUUUAAGUUCAUUGGCAUAGAAAACAUCCAUGUGAUGCGAAACAGCUUGCAGAAACUCCUGGAAGUGUGUGAGAUGAAAUCCCCCUCAAUGAGCGAUUUCCUUACUGGGCUGGAGAACUCAGGUUGGUUACGGCACAUUAAGGCUGUGGUGGAUGCAAGUGUCUUUCUUGCCAAGGCCGUGAAAGAUGAAAAAGCAAGUGUGUUAGUGCACUGCUCUGAUGGGUGGGAUCGCACAGCACAGGUCUGCUCCCUGGCUUGCCUCCUCUUAGAUCCAUUUUAUAGGACCUUUAAAGGCUUCAUGGUUCUGAUAGAAAAGGAAUGGAUUGCAAUGGGCCACAAGUUCUCACACAGAUGUGGCCAUUUGGAUGGUGAUCCCAAAGAAGUAUCCCCUGUCUUCACUCAGUUUGUUGAAUGUGUCUGGCAGCUCAUGCAGCAGUUCCCCUGCACAUUUGAGUUCAAUGAGCGUUUCCUUCUUGAAAUCCAUGACCAUGUCUACUCCUGCCAGUUUGGCAACUUCCUUGGGACCUGCCAUAAGGAGCGUGAGGAUCUGAAAAUCUUUGAGAAGACCCAUUCCCUGUGGCCUUUCCUCUUACAGAAGAAGCAGGAAUUGAGAAAUCCUCUGUACAAAGGAUUUACAGCUUACAAAGAGCUUCAGCCAAACACACUACCUUUCAGUUUCCAGUUUUGGUGUGGGAUGUAUAAUCGCUUUGACAAAGGAAUGCAUCCAAAACAGUGUGUGUUGGAUCACCUGCUAAGCUGCAUGAGCCAAAAGAUGAAGCUGGAGGACAAUGCAUCUGAACUGGAAAAUAAACUUCCUUUCCUUGAUGGUCCUUUGCCCAGUGAAGCUUGCCCCUUAUCCAAAGUAGGACACGCUGUUUCAAAAACACCGAUGCUCAACACUCCUCAGGAUUAUGAAGGGGAACCACCUCCUGUGCUGAGCAAUGGUGCUUCAGCAGGGGACAUAGAUGUUCUGUCAGAUGUGGACCAAAAGCACAAGGAGCCCCUCCCUCAUCACCAGGACCUCCAUGAUCUUAAGGACGCUGUUGAUGGUUUGGACUUGGAAGUGAAGGAUGGAAAGCGGCAGCACCAUUGAUCUGCUCUGAGAACUGGGUUCAGCGAUCCAGGCACGUGAGGCAAAGGGGAGCUGUGCCCCUACAAGGGCAUAGAACCCUCCCCAACCAUUUUCAGCCACCUGUGAGUACGUGCUUGCAGAGAGCUGUGCUCACUGUGGAGAAGACAGUCUGUGUUUGGUUUGGUUUGCAGCUCAAAUGAUGAGGAGCUGCCCAGAAGGAUGCCUUGAGUCAGAGGAAGCAGUGGAAAACCCAUUGUGUGUUAUGACUGCCUGCCAGGACCAGCAUUCCAAGCUGAAAGAAAUCUUGGCCAAUGAACCUUAAGAGCUGUGCAGUGUUUAUAACUGGAGUUGGAAAGAUGCAAUCCGUUUAUUCUCAGUGGUGGUGCAACAUCAUCUUAAAAUGGUAAAAAAGUUCAGUUGGUUUUAAAAUGAUUUAAAAAAAAAAGCCCUUUUCUUAGCUAUGAAUGAAUCUCUGCAUGGACCCUCACUUUGUGGCAGAACUGAUUCAUUUCUUGUUUCCUAUGCAUAUUUGUUAAACAAAAACAAGCCCCCCUGUGCCUUUUUAUUGAGAUGGUUUUCACGUGGAGCCAUGCAACGUGCUAUUUUUAUUGUUGUAGUGUAGAGUGUAGUAUCUGGUCAUCUUUGUAGUCAGUAUUUUUAAACAAAGGGGUUUUUUUUUUAUGUGCUGCCAGCUUCUCCAGGAUCUUUGCUGAUCCCUGACUUCGCUAGCUUCCUUCUAAGCUGACCUUUCAAAGAAGCUUUUAUGAACCUCAUUUACUUAAUUGGACCUUGUUUGCCAGUUGUAAGAGGGCAGCAGGCCAUGAAGACAACUGGUAACACAGGAAUUUUUGACAGAGGGAGGAUGAUAAUUGAGAAAAGAUAAGAAAAAAGUUAUAUGGAAUUUUUCUCAUGUCUUCUGAUCUUGGUUGAAGCGAAGCAAGAGGGUAACUCUUUGUUCUAAGCUGGAACCAAUGUGAUUCCUCGCAGUAAUUACAGACAACUUGUGUUCUAUUGUUGCAGUGGGUCCUACAAUGAGGACUUCAAAUCAUGUGCUGAGUGAUUGUAGUGACUGUUACCUUGGAUGUUGAAGUUACGUGAACCUUAGAGAUGUCUUGUCUGUACUGUCAGGAGAGGGUGAGAUGAACAAUACCGUGAACUUUGUAAUUUUGUGAAGCUGGUGUCAAAACAUAAGUCAGAAUGUGACCCCUUGUUAAAACAAGAAGUGGACAUCGUGGCUUGUGGCUGUGGCUCUAGUGUGGACUCACUCCAGUGCUUGUUAACGCUACUUAGUUUAGCUUCAAACAGCAGUAAUGUCAGCUGGAGGUAGUAAUUCAAAGUUGCAGGUUUAAAACAGAUGUGUAUUCCAUUUAUACAGAAGCCUUGUGAAGAAACCAAGGGCUCGUCCCCCCGGGGAAGUGGAUGGCCCAGGAAAGCUGCUCCAUAGCACUUGUUUUGGACAAGCUUCUAUGAAACGUGCUUAACUGCAUGGAGAAGUCCCUUUGUGCAGUUUAAUUCCAGGUGUUUCUCUGCUUGCUUUUGCAUCCUGUUGUUUAAAUGAGAUGCUGCCGUUAGGUCUUAAAAUCAUUCUUUUUUUCUUGUUAUAAAACUUUGAAGCAAACUGAAACUAUUUCCAAGCUCACCCUCCCAAUCUACAACACAACAGAAACAUUCCAGCACUGUAAAAUCAGUAGCCAUUUUUCAUCUGCUUAUAACCUAUAGUGAAAGGACCAGGUUAGUUCCAGUGUUCAAGAUAAAGCAGAAAAGAAAAAACAACCCACAAAAUCCACCCCUGAGUGUUUCCUUUUGGGUAAGAAAAGAUGUCUUUUCUUUAGCAAUUCAAAAGACCUGAAGAAAAAGGGCAAUAGCUGAGAAUUUCUUCAAUGCCCAGAAUGACAAAGAGAAACUUUUUUCCAUGUUGCAGGGUUUUCAGUCUGAAGGCAGGUUGUUUCCAGGGUGGGGGUGACAGAACCACAAUGACUGAUGUAAAAAUAAAGCACAGCAAAUACUGAACUGGGUAGCCUGAAACAGAAGAUGUUCACAGUUUGUUGAGUGGGUACUCAUCAAAAUUACUGCAGCAGCCAUUGAUCUGAUUUUAAGGAUGCAGGUUUCUGAAUGUGUCUUAAUCUCAAGAUGAGUGUUUGCUGCUGAGUCUCUUUGCUCCUGAUGAGAUCUGCUAAGCUCCUGACAUUAAAUCAGAUUGUCCACCAGCCUUUAGAUUUCGCUUUAUCCACACAUGCCUCAAGCAAAUGUGUCUGAACUGCUUUAGAUACCCCAGUGGGGUUUGGGAUCUGCUGUAGGUUUCCACUGGAUGGUGCUGGGAUCUCCUGGUAAAUGAGACUCAGACAGGCACUUUUUAGGACCAAUUCUAGAUGUCAUCAUUUCUUCUAAUGCCUUCUCCAGUGAAAACUAGAGAUUUGACUGACUACUGAAGGAUUUAGACGUGCCAUUGGGCAAUCAUUGUAUAGAACCAUUUUGCAGAAGGUUUCUAGAAAUGUUCCCACAUUGCCUUGUCUUUUGAAUUGCCACAGAUUACCUUGAAAAAAAAGUGUAAUAAUCUGCUUAUCCCCAAACAUAACGCUGAUGUUUCCACAAAUCCUUCUUGACUACAGUAUUACUGCAGGUGCACCUCACUAUGAAAAGAUUCCUCCAUACACUGAAAGUGUUAGUAAGCUUGUAGUAAUCUUGCUGCUUUUGAUUUCAGUUACAAACAAUGGAUGACUUUAUACUUUGAAAUGCAAAACCUAGUCAAAAAGAAAGAAAGAGGUGAUGAUCUGUCAUCUUAAGCCUCUUGGAUUUAAUACAUACAAACAUGGUCAAAGUCUGGGACACAUUAAAAGUUGUUGGUGCUGAUGCUGUAAAUUUGCAGAGCUGGAAAAGAUUCCAGGGAGUUUCAUGGCUUUCUGUGAGACUCUGCCUUUGAAAACCAGUUAGUGAGAAGCUUUUUCGUUUUGCUGGUGACUCCUGGGUGUUUUGAGACCAAAAAUGACAAGCUGGUGAGAGGCUGAGCUGUUGAGCAGUGUGUGUUCACUGCUCAGCUCAGGCUGCUUCCCAGAGCCUUGCAGAAAGCCUGUGUUCCCUCCUUACUGACCCCCUGCUGACCAUGGGGAGUGAUUUUUCUGAUGUGAUCCCUAAAAGUGUUAAAUCUAAAAGCUGUUCUGUAGGAAUCUCCUUAUGCAAGCAUUGUGUAGGUGAAAAGGGACUGUAAGUUAUUUACUCCUAGUGAGCAUCCAUGUGUUGUGAAGUCAGGAAUACUGAGGUUUCUUUGGGGCUGUCACAUGAACAAUGCAACUUGCUGCUUUCCAUUUGGAUUCCUCUGACUGGAAGAACUGGAAGGGAAGAGGGGUCUUGUUUGCUAUGGAUGGGCUCUGCUGGUGUAAAGCCCUUUUCUGGAGCAUGUCUUGCUUUACCAAGAUACUCCGUGGUGUUGUGGUUUCAUUCCUGUACCUAUGUCUCUUCCUACAAGCUGAUAUAGCAUUGCAGUGGGCAAGUGCCUGUCUUUCAAGCUACUACUUAGAAAAGGGACUUGUGCAGCUUUAUUUCUCGGUUGAAAUGUCCUAAUGUGAACUUCAUAAUGCUGAAUUCUUAAACUGUGUUUUGUUUUGCAGUUGUUGCCUGUGGUAGAGAAAAUCCAAUCGGUGCUGUUUGCUGUAGAGAAGAAAAAGUGGUUUGCCCAUAGAUGUUAUAGUUCUCAGUUGUCCCUCUUCGGAGGGAGAGAAAAAGCAGCUUGUUAAAGUCAGUGCUCAUGAUGUGCAUAUAGCUGCAUUUCUGUUCCUGCUCUGAGUGAAUGCCUUUCAUUUCAGUGCUUAAGAGCAAAAUCCCAGCUGCUCUGUGCUGGCUCAAGGGUACAUGAAGCUCCCCUGACUAGGAUGGAGAAGGAGACUCUCUUCUAGGUCACUGAUGAGCUUCAGUGAGCUUCUUGAGUCCUGAGUAGGGAGAUUUACUGGGAAGGAGCACAGAGCUUCCCAGGAUCUCUGCUGUUGGGUUACAGGUGGAAAUCUCCCUUGGUGAAGUGCCCUAUGUCUGUUGUUUCCAUCAUGUUUGGAGAUGGUGAGCCCUAAUAUCACUCCAAAGCACCCUUUUGUCGUAGCACCUGCAAGGAAAGCGUUUCAAAGAGCUCUUGGGCCAGAGCCCACUUCAGUUCACCUUCUGGCAAAACUGAUCUUUGGGUAGUGUCACUGAUGGUUGCUUCCCCACAGGGAUCAUUUCUUGGCAAUGAUGAGUGAUGAGUAUUUUUGAGUGAUCAGGAGAAUUCCAAGUGUGUCUGCUGAGCUGCUCUGCCUUGAGUGCUGGGGCCCUUUUCUGUAGGGAGGUAACACAGUUACCCCUUGUUUACACAGAGGCACUUCCCUCCCCUUGGAGCAGAGGGGAGGAAGAGUCUGUCGUGCAUGUAGUUGUUAUGUUUUAAUUAAAACACAGCACUUGAUUAAUGAGAUGAUGUUAAAGUCCAAGUUUUUACAAGCAUCUUUAGCACUAAAACAGCCAGGUUGGUGCCAGCUGCAGUUGUGAUUCGUUGGGUGAGUGUUUCAAUGUACAGCGCUGCAUCCUUUUGGCAUCUCCAAACCACAGAAGCAAUGCAGGAAGAGAACAGGUUAAAAUGGUUGACCUGUAUCUCCUAUCAUUUAUCUAUAUCUGUGUGUCUGUAUUUAAUGUAGCAGCAUACUACUGGAAUAACUUGUAGCACUGGAUCUAGUCAGGUGUAACUGAGCACACGUACCUUCCCCUUCCAUCAUCCACAAACUGCUGUCUGUAGGAAUGUACCUAAAGCUGUAUGUAGUACUCGGCUGCAAACUGUAAAUGUUUUUGCUGUUUCUGUGAGUCAGUUACUGUUUUUGUUGGUGUAACUGUUGAGGGACAGUUGUAUCAAAUUGUGGAUGAGGAAAUCCCCCAUUCCUGACCAUGCUGCGAUGGCUGUACACACGUCAUUUGUUAAUGCACUGCUUAAACGAAAACUGUACCAUGUUUAGAGGAGCACUGUGUCCUUUUUUUCUCUCUAAAUGUAUUUGUUCCAUGAAGUUCUACUUGUAUUCCAGUUUAUUUUUAUUC